AUGGCCGGCGGUAACAAGCAAAAGGAGCCCUUCUGGCUAGGCGGUGCUGCGGCCUCGAUGGCCGUCUGCUUCACGCAUCCACUCGACCAGACAAAAUAUCGAAUGCAGGUCAUCAGAUCACGAGAAUCCAUGUUUCGAGCAAUGUACCGGUUCGCAGCGCGAGACGGCGUCUUCUCUCUUUGGUCGGGACUCUCGGCAUCCAUCUUUCGACAGACGACCUACUCGACCGCGAGGUUCGGCCUCUACAACUACUUUGCGCAACGGGCGAAACAAUGGACCGGAAAAGACAAGCUGACAACGGCCAUGACGAUAUCCUGUGCCGGGUUAGCAGGAGGCAUGGCCGGGCUGGUGGGAAAUCCUGCCGAGGUCGUCCUCGUCCGGAUGUGCGCCGACGGAGCGAAAAACAUCGGCGAACGGUUCACGUACUCCAACGCCAUCGAGGGGCUUUACAGGAUAGGCAGAGAGGAAGGCCUGGGCGCAUUCACACGAGGCAUCUCGGCCAACGUUGUCCGCAGCGUACUCAUGAGUGAGUCAACAAAGGUCUCGGAAAGGACUGACACGUUCGAUUGGGAGCUAACUAAGGAUUGA